AUGAGCUAUUUCAGUGUUGGGAAAAGAACCGCUUGGGGUUAUAAAAAAAAUACAAGAAUGCAAGUCAUUAACAGCAGGAUUGUGACCACGUUCGCUCCUUUGUGCGGUAUCUCACAGAUCGUUUAUUUGUACAUCAAUUAUUCUGAGUUAACAUUCGAUAUAUUGGGUAUAAUAUUUUCUAUUUUACCGGUUACGUUUUUAGCAAAUGUGAAUAUAUAUUCAGCUAAAAUGAAAAGCUACGAACGAAUUUCAGAAAACUUCUUGCAAAAAGUUCAUUUAUACAAUAUAUAUGCGGAAACAAAAAGUGAAUUCAUUAAGAAAAAAUUAAUUAAUUUGGAACGAAUAUCACGUUGGAGUUCAUUCAUUUUAAUAUUUAUCUUUUUUUCUAAUUCCUUCGCAUGGAUAAUAGUAACAGCAGUAAAUAAUUACAACAACAAAGAAUUAGUCUUGAAUCAUACAGUGAGACUUCAAACCUCCCUCUUUAUGUGGAUGCCAUUUGAUUACGGGUACAAUUACCAGAACUGGUUUAUAAUUCAUUUAAUAAACUGUUACACGGUACUAAGUGGAGUAUCAUCAAUGAUGAUUUUUCAAUGUAUAAAUUAUAUGUUUGUCUUCAACAUAAUCGGUCACAUUCAAAUUUUGAAACAUUUACUUAUGACAAUUUCGGAUGAUUUGAGUGACGAGGAAGUUCAUACGAAACUUGGUAAAAUAGUCGAGUACAGUAACUUUAUAAUCGGUGUUUUUAAGGACGUGCAACAUGCAUUCGGAUAUAAUGUCGCUGCUAACUAUUUACAAAACUUAUUUGGAAACAGUGUAUUUAUGUACCAAUUAAUGUACGGGGGAAAAGAGAGCAUGAUGCUAUAUGUGGGAAUGAUCCUGGCAUACACUGGUGGACCGAUUAUUCUAUCUUUCGUUCUUGAAGAAAUAAAACGGCAGACGGACAACUUACCACAUAUAGCAUACAGCAUGCCUUGGGAGAAAAUGUCGGUAUCUAAUCAAAAGAUAGUGAUCCUUAUAUUACAAAGAACGCAGAUUUUAAUGGAAUUUAAAGCUCUUGGAUGUAUGAAAGCAGGCGUUGGACCAAUGAUAUCGAUAUUGAAGACAACAUUUUCAUAUUACUUAAUGCUGGAAUCAUCUAUAGCAAAAAAUGAUUAGACAAUGAAAUAUUAGUAUGUAUGUAUAUUGAGGAUCGAACAUACGAUCGAUAUACUCGAUCGAC